AUGGCGCCUAGCGAAGAUCAAUACGCAAAGGUCUCAACUGAAGCCGCGACUGAAUUCACCCAAUCAUUCUAUCCCGCCCUUGAUAAGAAUCGCGCCAUAAUCUCCUCCUUCUACUGCAGCACCCCCUCCACAAUUCUCUUCAACGGCAACCCAGUCGCAGACGGAAACGCGGUCCAAGACAUUUUCGUCAAUCAGAUGCCGCCAUCACACUACGAAGUACAGUCUGUUGACUGCCAGAUCAUCAACAAGCAGUUUCCCGCACCAACGCCCGGAAGGCAGCCCAGCACGAAAGAUAUGUCGAUGUUGGUUAUCGUGAGCGGUUACGUCAGAUUUGGAGAGUCGCGCGACCUGCCUCAGCGCGGCUUCAGCGAAACAUUCGUCCUGAUUCCAAAUACAUCCAACGAGACGGUGAAGGGAAGGCGGAAGCGCGACUGGAUUAUUCAGACACAGAAUUUCCGGUUGGUUGUUUGA